UGUGCCGGUAUAUAGGAGAUGCGCCCGCGUCGCCGCCGCCUGUAGCAAGUCGCGUGAGAAUAAUUCUAGUGCCAUAUACGUUGAAGAUGCUUCGUUUUGUGACAGUUUUUGCCGUUGCGUUGGUGGUUGCGCUCGCGGCUCCCAGCCCGACCAACGUGUUCAAGAUCGACAUCACCCCGGAGGAGGCGCAGCAGUACCUCAACAGCCUCCCCUUCAACGAGCCCAAGCUCUCUGGACGCACUGCUGUCUUGCCUCUGGUGCGAUACGACAGCCCUCAGUUUCGCGCCGCAGACGCCGGGCCCACGCUCGGCCACUACUGGAAGAAUGGACAGGAGAUCGAGAACACCGACGAUUACGUCGAGGAGGUAUACAAUGCAGCUCAGUUCCACGGCCAGGAUGGUUUAGGCGCGUACGCAUACGGCUACAAUGCGCCGGAGUCUGCCAAGGUGGAGAACCGCGCCCGCUCUGGUGACGUCACUGGGUCCUACGAGUACAAGUCUGGCAACAACGACCUUAUCAAGGUCCGCUACUGGGCUGACAGCCAAGGCUUCCACCAAGAGGACAACCUGCCUAAGGUGGUGCUAGAGCCGGUGAAAGAGAGCGAGGAUGUGCGACAGGCUCGGCUAGCUCACGAGAAGGCUUGGCAAGAGGCCGCCGCUGCUGCCGCUCAGCAACCUGACCCUCAGGGAGAAUACACACCUGGCAAAUAUGAGCACCAGCCUUCAGCAUCGGAACAGCAGGGCGUCGCAGUACAAGCUCCCGGACAAAACUUCCACCAACAGAAGCAAAUCCAGGGAGAAUACAUUCCUUCAGCAUCUGAACAGCAGGGCGUCUCUGUGGCCGCUCCAGAACAAGACGCUCGUCAAGGCAAGGCCUACUCCUCGGCUCAGGCUAGCUUCCAAGCCCCACAAUUUGGUCAACAGAAAGCCCAAUACAGUCAACAAUCUUCCCAGUACAGCCAAUCUAGUGCUAGUGCUUUUGGACAACCUGCCCAAGGACAAUAUGGACAGCAACAGCUUCAGGGUAAACCUGAGGAGCCUGAACCUACGGGUCCUCCCCGUGGAUUCUUCUACAGCUUCGACUACCCGGUGUCCAUCAUUGUGCGUAAGGACGCCCAGGGACAGACUGGCCCCGUCAACCCAGGCCAGCCGAUAGACCACGACACCGUCGGCGUCAGCGCCAACCCUCAACGUUAUGGUUAAAUAUACCAGCAUUUGCAUCGAGAACUUGAGUUACAAAUUCAAAUAUUUCGCCAUAAGUACGUUUUUGGAAUUUUUGAAGAACUUUUUUUUGUUAAGUUUCUAUAUUAUUUUUCUCCAUCCAAACUACAGCAAGUUCUCGAAUUUAAUCAUAAUUUUACAUAAAACUCAUCCGUUUUGAUUUCUCUUCCUAUAAGGAGCUAAAAUCGGAUUGAAAUUAGGUUUGUGAUCGCCUUAGCUAGUCGAUAGCUUAAUGAGCCCAUUUGUAUGACUCCAUAAUAUAACUUCACCAAGUCCCUUAAUUAUCGCUUACUUACUUUGUAAUUUGUACAUGUUUCAAGGGACUUUAUGACAAUCACUUUCUAAGAUAGCAGUAAUUACAUGUUACGGAUUUCUAAUACGUCGACUGGGUUAGGUUAAUGGUUGCCAUUUAGUAUGUAGGCUAAGUUAGCCAUUAGUGCCCUAUCCUUUGCUAGUGUGAUUGUUUUAACAGUGACAUUUCCGUCUAAGAUUUUUAAUGUCGCAUGUUAUAGAAUCACAGUAUUGCUGUGUUUUUGAUGCAAAGUUUUACAAAAAUCGUUUUCUGUUUGCAUCAAAAACUAAAACAGUGUAAUAAGAAAAUACUUUAGAAAAUGGCCGGCGUUUGAUAGUGUAACGAAUUGGUUUAUUUCAAAAUACAGAAUUUUAACAACACUUAUUUCAGUGCACAUAACAAUACACGUUUGUAAUUCAGUAAAAUAUAAAAUUACAAAAAUAAUGGUUAAACUCUUGAACCCGGUCUUAAUAGAAUACCUUUUGUUACCACAAUAUCAUUACAAUAUGUUUAUGCAACUUAUUUGUAUCUAUCUGUAUUGAUUUUAAUACAAUAAAGUACAUGAUUUUGCAUUUU